AAACCCAAGUUCUCUGAUUUCGCUUCACGCAAGAAGAUAACGAGGCCAACGAUCGAGGAGGCGCGAGUUCAUCCCAGAAUUCCUAGCGGAAUAGUCGUAACGCGACGAUACCAGUUCGCACGACGAUAGCGCGUGUUUGCACAACGAUAAAUUGACUUGUACCUGGCGCCCGUCUCCUUAGCCAUCCCGUCAUCUUGGCCCGCGCGUCUGUGCCAGAAAUAAGGCGUUCAUUGUUUUCCCGCAACCUCCAGCCACCUCGUAUACUGUAAUUUAACUUGUCCUAUUAGACAAAGGAUACGUUUUACGAACCUGCUUGUCUGGUUGCCGUAAAAAUGUACUCGGGUUAGCAGAAUUCAAAUAUUUAAUAAAAAUCUUUCGUUUGUUCGACUCCUUCGUUCUACCGUUUCUUCCAUCCUUUAAAUACAUAGAAAAAAGGGAGUACGAUGAUUUUCCAAUGAUCGUGUCAUUAUACCAUCGCACUAUCCUCUAAUUCCUUAUCUUAUAACGUUAAACAAAAACCACAUUCCACGUAUAUAGAUCUGUGCGUUAAUUUUACCAUUCUUUCAAUCGCAGAAUAUUAUACCACCUAUUGUACCAUUUUGUCUGCUAUGGUCUUCCAACAGCGUGGCCUUGGAAGUUAGAACUGACGUUUUAACGAAUGAUCGCGUACGCUUACAAAAAUCAGCACAUCGACGUACUGAGUUCGCAAGAACGUCGAUUCCACGGCGAUGAUGAAAUCAGAUUUCUAUGUCUGCCACGGGCAGCAGAAAACGAAUCUUAACGCAAGGGGUUAACCAACAUCGCUAUUUUACACGUUGGACGAGUCUUUCGAACGACGUUGCCGAAACGCAUGGCGCAACAGCGUGUACCAAGAAGAAGAGUCGCGCGUCGAGUCUGCGGUGAAAGCCGCGGCUUUUUUCAGGUAAAUGGUAAACGCCCCGAGGUACCAACGUGGUACCUUUCCCCAGGUAUCGUACGUGGGGACGUGGAAACCGGCCGCGAUCCGAUGUUUGACCCUCAGCCGCUUGGGCAAACAGCGGCACGCUCAGGAUUUCGUCGAAAGGGCCCGAUAGAAGCUCUUGAGCCGGCGGGCCCUCCACUUCCGUCGCCAUCUCCAUCACGUCCUUCUUCCUCGAAGAGGCGUAAAAGCCUCGAGUGCCGCCGUUUUUUGGCCCCGCAGUGUUUUCUCUGCUCCUCCGUAUUCUUCUUGCGGCGUCGGAGGAUCAGGUUUCGUGGCCCUGGCAACCACGGUGAGAAUGGAAAUGAGGACCACUCCCGUCAACCUUUUCGUAACAACACGGUUUUUCGAUGGGUUCUGGGAGUGUUGAGGAUCGGUGUUGAGCUUGCAUCUUGGUACUGGCAAGGUGCACCAGCUUCAAAGUCAUUUUCGAGGUUUGCAUUCAAUCGAGGACGUCGGCGUUUCUUUCUUCAUUCAGAUUCAUUUAGAUCGUACGAUUUUACGAAGCUCGAAGAAGUUGAAGAUAUAUAUGUGGAAUAAUGUGUCCAAGUUAUUAAUCCAUCAUCGACUGGGACUACACUUGGUCAAAGUCGCGUGCUGUUACUACAGUCGACGAAAGUGUACAGACGAUAGUUCGCAGGUAAUAUCAGUGGUAAUGAGAAGAAUAUUAAUAGAUUCGUUGGUUUCGAUGUUCCAAUGUUCCUAAUGUUCCAAUUCUGCGGUGCAUAUAACGCAUUUAAAAGCACAAUGAGAUAUAAAAAUCAAUUAUUAAAUCCUUUUCAUACACGUUGAAGGGUUUGAAAUGGAGCAACUGAGAAAAUACAAGAUUGAAACGUAACGUGAACGCUAUCGAUACUCUCGGAGACGGCACUCGAUUCCCCAGGUCAGGAACUUUCUCCUGGCGAAGAUCGAUUGGCCGAUUUGUCGAGAGACACGGAGUUCCGGCACGCUUCCUUUGUUUUACGUAAUUUCCGCGCCAAUAUUAGCACGCUGCGUUCCGUCGGCGUGUUCCGUUCUCUCUCUCUCUCUCUCUCAUCGUGUAUUGGCUUGUGUGUUCUUCGCAAACAAACCAAUCAAUGCCGAUGCCUUAACUCUCUCUCUCUCUCUCCCUCUUUCUCCCCUUUUCUCUUGUACGCGCGAGCUUUUCUCGUUUCAAAGCAGCCAUGAAAAAAGUUUUACUUUAUUCUGUGUGUUACCUUCCUUUUCUCCUUUUGUAUCGUUGUUUAUAUAUCGUCGCGUAUAUACAGUGGCUACAAAGCUAUUUGUACACAUUGUAUGCUUGCGCACGUAUCAUUUCACUUAUACACCAGUUAUUUAGAACCAACUAUAAUAAAUUUACUAUCGUUUAGUAUUACUUUCGCACGAUUAUGGAAAUUGAAUACCAUGGAAAUGAAACGGAGGAUCCAAGAAGAAUACGUUUCAUUGGGAAAUAAAUAUUUUUCCUAGCCACUGUACGAUCAAUACAUAGACAAGUGCGCGUAUUCAGAUUAUUCAGCAGCAAAAAUGCACGCGAGAGAGUAAAGAGACAGACAACGAUUGAAAUAAAUCAUCGAACAUUGUUUUUAAACACAACUGUUUUUAGACAUUGUUAUUCCCUCUAUCGCGUGCUCCUUUCUUCUAGGAAUUCGAAAGUAAAUUCUGUUUGACAAAAGGACAUUUCAAUAAACGAUUAUAUCGUUUUGACAGAAACGAGAUCAAAUUUACGCCACAUUUACCGCAGCAUAUUAUCAAUCGGUCAACGGUGAACGCCCAUUGAAUUCAUUAAACUGAGGAAUCUGGUUAAAAAGCAUCAUCGUACGAUGGGACGAGCGAGUGAAGACACCGCGAAACGGUUCAAAGGAGGCCAAGGCAGGUGUGUCGGCCAUGGGGACACGGAAACAAGCGGAGAAACGACGGAGACAAGCAACGACGAGAGACCAGGAACGUUAAAAGGCUUCGUGGGCGUCUAUUUGCGUAGAUCCAAGAGAUCGGACAAGUGGCCAGGCCUUUGUCGGACUCUCCGUGGGUGGUUCCCUUUUUUUCUCGCCUCCUCUUCGUCCUUUCUACGCGUUUCUCCUAUAAACCAGUCCACUCGAGCCACCACCCAUCCACCCCCGUUGAGUUAGCGUCACCCUCGUAAACUGUCGCCCUCCCCCUAUCGGUUUCGUAGACGUCGUCGUCGUACACUCUUUAUCCUUUUCCAGGAUUCGUUUGCCUGGUGGUAAUCAAGCGGUGGCGAAGGUUACGACACCAUUUUUACGUCGUGACAAGGUGGUGUUUGUUACACGCAUGAAUCGCGUAAUGCUGGUUUUAAUCCAUCAAUCCUUAUCUAACCGGUCCUUAAUUACAAAUUUGCUCCAUUAUGAACGAUCGAUAAAAAAAGGAUCUUUAAAAAUUCCUUUCGAACAGGUUACUACGCAUUUGACUGUUAUUCGAGUCACGUCCAAUGUCCUAAAUCGUUUCGAAUCUAAAUUAUCGUGUAAAUUAUUUAGAUGGGAAAUCGCUCGAAUAAACACGAAUGACGUUAGUAUAAGUUAAGUUAUGUUCUCAGUUACGAAGGAAUAAUAUAAACUAUCGUUCGUAAUUAUUGGAACAACUUCGAUAAACGUCGCUCAGGUAACUUGGAACGAGAUCGUUCGAAUAAUUUAUACAGUAGACGCGUACGAUUCUAUUCGACGUACGUUAAAAGAUGUGUUCAUUCUUGAAACGAUAACGACAGGCCAUUCAUUAGCUGUGAUAAUAAAAAAUCAGACGAAAUAUAAGAAAGAAAUAUUAUGAAAUAUUUUGUAGAGUAAAGGUAUGCAAAGUGGAUGUAUAUUAAAGAGGCACGAGCGAGUAUUAUAUCCUGUACUACUUUUCAAGUAAGUCGUUCGAUAGGCACUUUUCCCUCUUUCUAUCGACGUCGGAUUCCGCGAAUAAGGGUUGCACGGCUCGCAAUCGAGCAUCAGGAUUCUCCUGAUUCCAGAGCAUAUUUAGAGAGGCCUCCGUUCUAUUUGUUGGCUUUAAAAACAUCCCCGGCGGUAAGCCGCAUUAUUUCACCCCCUGGUUCGCUGCAUAUCGGGCAUUAGGAGAAUAUCGAACUGUGAUCGUAUGAUAUUUCAAAUUGCAUUAUUUAUUGGAAACGCUAAUAAGCCGUCUACGUUGCCUGUAUUAGCCGUAAAAAUAUAUACGUCGAAGAAUAAUAUAAUAAUUGCUCCAUCUUGUAUCUUUAUUCGAAAUUCGUUAUAAUCAGAAUUAAUUAACUGGAAUUAAUUCGCUAAGAUUCUAUUUACCUAUUAUUGCUGUUAUUUUCAAAGACACCAAAAUAAUGAUAUAUUUUAGAGAAAAUUUUGAAGAAUACAAACUGAUAUUUAUAAAUUUGUAAGUAUUCAUUUUGUCCAAGUUGGAGAUAUCGUUAACAC